AUGUCGCCGGCAGUCGUCGCUCCGCUUGUUGGCCGCUCGCGGACAAGCUCGCCUGCCAAGCUCGUCUCCCAACGGGCUGACUCGCCGUCAGCCCACGCACCGGCGGGCAAUCUGCGGGCGUCGGCGAGGGCGCGGGAAAAGGUCCACACCAAACUCCGCGACAAGGAAAAGGCCAAGGCCAAGUCGACCAAGAGCCUGGGCGCCAACGGCAAGCACCGCAGGUCGAGCAAGGGCAAGUCGAAGAGCCGAACGUCGGGCGGCGGCGGCGAGCUCGACACCGACGAGGAGAUCUCGAUCGAGCGCGACUUUACCGAGCGACAGGCGACGCUGGGCGUCAACGGAUACCGGCUUGUCGGGAUGCGGCAGACCGGGCGGACGGUCAAGGUCACCUGGUCUGUGCGUGAGCCUGUGGACCGGCCGGCGAGCAAGAAGAACGGCGCUGUGCCCUCUCCGGAAGUCUCGGCGGCGGCGGCCAACGGAGCGCAAAAGUACGACUGGGUGGGCCUGUUCCCCACGGCGUCUGCGCUCUACCUCGACCUCUCAUCGUAUGUUGCGUACCAGUACCUGCGGCGCGGCGAGCACGAGGGCCAGGUCGAACUCUCCCUGCCCAAGCAUGAGUCCAAGCCACGGACCAUGUACGUGGUGGCCCUCAUCCGGUCGGACGAGCACCUGUCGGCCGGUGGCGUGGUGGAGGAUGCCAUUGUGCUGGACAUGAAGCGCCAGAUCGGCGCGCGUGGCCUGCGAUCAGACUACAAGGUUGCCGUCCAGUCGGCGUCGACAAGCUCGGUGACGCUGCUGUGGAAGGCGCCGCUAUCCCGCGGCUCGUCCGACUUUGUCGGCUUGUACAAGCCGGCCGCAUCCGAUGCCUCCUACGAGGCGUACUCGUACCUGCGGUCGAGCGGGAAGGACUCGGGUAGGAUCAAGCUCGAUGGCCUCUCGCUGGCCAAGACCGGCACCUACCAUGUCCGCCUCGUUCGCUUCCGCUCUGGCCGCGCAGCGUCGAUCUUCCCCUUCCGCCUCCACAACGGUGUGCUCGCCGCCUCGACGUCGGCCUCGUCGCGAGUCGUCCCGUACCAGCCGGCCAUGGCCGAUACCGGGACGCCAAUCGACUCGAACCACGACAGCGAUUUGCUCGCCCAGCCGCAGCCGAAACGCAAGCUCGUCAAGAGCUCGUCGCGCGAGCGCUUUGCCAACACCCAGGCUACUGCCCUGGUGGCCAACGUCGAGUCGCGGUUCCGGCUGGCGGCUACCGAGCGCGAGCGGCUGCAGAACAUGAUCAAGGACGUGGCGCUCAUUAAGCUCGAGCCGCUUGAGCGGGUCUCCAUGCCCAAGUCACGGUCGGGCAUCCAGUCAUGCGCCGAGCGGCCGGCGCCGACAGAUGAGGGUGCGACGACCGCGCGCGGGCGCAAGACCACUGCGCUGUCGUCGGCCGGGCCAGCCGGUGACGACUCGUCGGCCUCGCCUUCGCGCGAGUCGGCCAUGGCUGUCAAGCUCCGGUCGGUGGCUGACAAGCUCCGGCUGCCGGCCGACUUUGUCCUCCCGCCCACCGAGCCGAUUCCAGCGGACCUCGGGCUUGACAAGAUGGGCUCUGCGGUCGAGACUGCGAACCCGAUUGUUUCGCCACUGUAUUCGCUGGUGGUCGGCGUCAUCACGCCGACCUCCCUCUCAGUGGCCUACGAGGCACCGGUCGGCCACUCGGGCUCCGACUAUGUGGCCCUGCAGCGGGCCGACAAGGCACCGCAUGCCAGCGAGACGACCGAGCCGACGCUGCCCAUGUCGCCGUACCAGCUGCAGGACGACGGCAACGCGGCGCUGGUGGGCUUUGACUUUGCGCAUCCGCGCGGAUGGAAACUUGUGUUUAAGGACAUUGCCCUCCUACGUGUCGGCGACUGA